AUGGCCGGAGGCAGGGGCAGGGGCAGGGGCAGGGCUGCUGGAGCCUUCGCGCAGUGGGCUCUUGGGGGAUCUUUGCGCACCACAGGGAGGAGGAGCCCUGGGCGACCCCCAGCUCGGCCCACUACCAGGAGCUCCGCAGAGGCGCCAGAGCAACGCCAGGCGAGAGAAGGGAAAGCAGCUUCCCUCAAGCAGCAGCCCUGCAGGGCGGGGAGACCCUCGCAGCAGAGCCCCGCCAGCCCAGCGCGGUGGAGGAAAUUGUUCCCCAACGCGAGAACAGAGGGCGGACCCCCCACCCCCCGCUUGCAGCACGUCACCCCGGGCAACAGAAAGCCAAGAGAGCGGCCGCAUGCCGUGGGGGGACCCCGGGGUUGCCCUGAACUGAAAUGGCCGAAGAACGCGGUUCUGGUGCUGUCGGAGAGGCACCUGCUGGGAGCCCCUGGAGGAGUGUCAGGAGGCGCUCAGGAGACCCGGAGCCCGGAAGGUGGGGCGACACUGACGAACGGAGGCGGAGGCAGCCCAGGCCUGGGGCCUCUGACAAGUGGACUGGCACCACGUGACGCUCCCCGCCCCACUCCACCCCGGCAGCCUGCGAGCAGCGGUCCGGGAGCCGCCCUGAUCCCCUCGUCCGGGCUGGGAAGGAGGCGCCGCCAGUUCAAAGCUCCGCGCACCCCCGAAGAGCCGGUGCAGGCAGGGCUGCUGGAGGCCGUGUCCAUCCCCGGCCCCGGGACCACCCGCCUCGGCCAGCUCUGCGGAGGCUCUAAAGGGGUCGCCCGCAGCCUCUCCCGCAUCCCCCAGGCUGCAGCGUGA